AUGAAUACCACAGACCAGAACAGCCUCGGAGAGCCAGCUCGUGAUGAAGCUCCAGCGAGUCCAGAUGACAACAACCCCACCACUGACGACCAGACAGCACAAGAGGAAGGCUCGGCUCGUGCAGAGGACGGUACGGAGUCGCCUGCUGCUAUUGACGGUACCCAGGAAGACCCCAGUGCUGGCGAUGAUGAGCAAGGAGUGCCUUUGAAUGGGCUACCCGAAGAGAACGUGGGCGCUAAGGAGGGCAAUCCAUCGGCGACUCAAUCCCAGUCGGAGGUCACUGAUGCUUCACACUCGAAAGAAGAGGGAAGGAUGAAGAAAAGGUCACCUGAGGAGUCACCAGGACAUGAUGGAGGCGAGGCUGGAGAACCUGAUACACAGACUAUCCCUAGGGGACCUUUCCCCGAGGCUGAGGCCCUACUGUCUGUUGUUGAAGGGCCUAGGGCACUGCUCGACAAGGGGGAUACGGCGAGAGAGACGAUUCAAUGCGAUGACCCACGGCGACUUGCAACCGUCGAACGGCUGGUCGUAUCUUGGGAAAGUCUCCCCGCUCCUGAUCAAGUCCAAACCGCUGUAGAAGAGGAGGAUGUCGACGAAACGAUGGUACAGAUCCCUUCUGAAGACAUACCGCGUUUCUUGGGCAAGGGAUGCAAUACUCAGAAAAAAAUUGUGCGUGCCAGUGGAGUGGAAUCGGCCACUGUGAAAGAGGAUUUGGAAAAGGAUGGUGAUAAGGAGCAAAAGGCAGCAGUCGUAUUCAGGGGUACUAAGGUUGCACGCGAACGAGCAGCGAAGUAUAUGAGGAUAGUGUUGUCUCGUCGCGGCGCAGAGGUUGAAGUGGACUUAAGUAAAGACGAUGGUGGAGAUUUGACGGUCAUGAGGGAUGUUCCUCGGAGUGCCGUGGCAUUGAUAUUGGGGAGUAAAGGGGCUAAGUUGAGAGGGUUAGAGGACAAGUGGGGGACCAUGGCCUUCUUGUUGGGCAAUCUGGAACCUCUGCCCGGGGAAAGUCAGGUCUCAUCCGACAGAGUGGUGGUCGCCAUUUUUGGUGACUCUCACGCUCGGAAGCACUGCGAGAUGGAGGUUAGGAAUUUGGUAGAUGCGAAGGUCCAUGGAUUCUAUACGGGACGCAUGAAGGAGUCGUUGAGCGGCGAGGAAGGAGAGGUGUCUGAUAUCAUCGAGAUGGAUAAAUCUGACGCCAUUCUUCUCUUUGAGGAUCAUGUCUCGGUGAAGAGGAAACUGGAGGAGCUCAGUGGUGCCACUAUUUGCCGGCUUUCCAAUUUCGUCGAUGUUUUUGGCACCAAGGCACAGCGUGAGAGAGCAAGAGAGUAUAUACAAUGGACAGUGGCCGGCCUUCUCGGUGAAGCCGUGGUUAUUGAAGACGCGGCAGAGAGGGAUGACUGCACUGAGGUUGAGAUCCCCACUGAGAUGAUUGAUGUGCUAUUCGGCAAAGGGCGACGGCGGCAACAAGAAGUCCGUCAGCUACAGGACAAGUUCGAAUGUCUCUUGUUACUCGGCAAGGAAUCAUCAGAGGAUACUCUCGUUGCUGAUGCUGAGAGUGGUGACGAUUCUGACCCGAGUGCUGAUACCCCGGCCAUUCCACCCACGACUACGACGCCGCUCUUCGUUGUUGGUCCCUGGGCGAGACGUCGGCAAUGCAUGUACAUGAUACUGGCUAAGAUCGAGGCUAACAUACCGGGAUGGAUAACCUCGUCGAUCGAAGCAAGGCUGGCUGAUGAUGAUGAGGUCGAGGGUGGCUACGCAUGCGAUCGUCUAUGGCUGCCGGAAUUGGGUGGAGAGGAAGGAAAGGACAGAUUUAAUGAGGCUUUGAUGGACGUGCCCCUUUAUACUGCCUCGGGUGCUAUUGCUGCCGUCAUCGGCCCCAUGAUAUUCGUUGAGGGUGGCCGUGAACAGCGUCUACGAUGUGAACAGUACAUAAAGUGGCUAUUAGUAGCGGAGCGAAGGCUGUCUCGAUAUCAGCAAGAGCAGAAGAAAGAAGAUGAGAAGGAGAGGCGUGAUCGUCAUGGUGCGAGACGAGUGAAAUCUCUGGAGCCCUGGCAAGAGGAGGACCUCCGAGUCGAACGAGUGAAGGAAGCUCUCGGGGCAUGUUUGGUCCUAUCGUGCGCCACUUUACAAGAGAGGGGCGAUAUUACAGAAAUUGGAAUUCUCGAGGAUAAUUCGGCAGAAGAGAAAAAGCGACUCCUCGAGAUGACUAUUCCGAAGACUGGCUCGGGUAAGGGCCAGAAGCAGUUGAAGAUGAUAAGUAGCCAAACUGGAACGCUGUGCUUGUUGGCAGCCGAUCGUCCAAUCGAUGCGCAGAUAGAGGAACUGCCUAGGAUACGGGUGAUGGUACUCGGUGAAGAUGAGAGGAGGCGGGACGCGGCUGCGGUGGCAUUGAAAGGCGCCUUUAGGAAUUUAUUAUGGGAGAAGGAGGAUGGGGGGCAUGGCUCGGAACAGGCAGAGGAGUGGAGGGAAAGCCCCAGAGGGCAGAAGUGGAAGGAUCGUGGUGAUAGGUGGAGGGAUGGUGAUAAAUGGGGUAACAAUGAAGGUGGUGGAAGGUGGCAUGGGAAACACGACGCCAACAGAUGGCAGCAGAAUGGGUCAAGAGGGGAUCAGAAGGGCAGCAGCAGUAGCAGUUGGAGUGACUGGAAAGAGUGGAAGGACGCUCGAUGGGAGCAUAAGGAGGAGAGCUGGGGUAGUAAGAAGGAUGAUUGGGGUUGGAAGGACGACGGUGGUAGGGGCAGCAGCUGGAAGAAGGAGCAGAGAGCUGGUGAUGAUGGAGGUAGUAGUAGUUGGGAUGGAUGGGAGAAGGGCCGGGGGGAGGAGGAGAAGAGAGGAGCCGAUGAGGAGGUAGAUCGUUUUGUUGAAGCUAUAUUGCCCAUUCUUAUCGAAUAG